AUGCGUCGCUGGGGCCGGAUGCUGCCGCGCCCGGCGUUCGCGCUGGGGCUCGUGCUGAUGCUGGUGGGAUAUGCUGUCGCUGCUACUAGCGCAAAUACGACCGAAGCGCUAGGAAAGCGGUCGUCGAAAGACGGCGAAAUGUCCGAAGAGCAGUUUGACUAUCAGCAGGAAGUCGCGAACUACAUUACGGUUGCAGGCCUGACCCUGUACUGGUGGGAGUACCUAUGCACGCUCAACCGCGAGCUGUACAUGUACCGGCCCAAGAUGCUAAAGCGCCCGCAGGUCGUGUUGUUCCUCCUGAUCCGCUACGGCACGCUGCCUGCUGUGAUUGUGCCUGCGUACUCGCUCUGGCACAGGUUUACCUCCUCCGAGCAGUGUCUGGACCACGAGCAGAUUACGGUGGCUGUCGUACAGUUUUUGGUCUCCUGUAUCUUUUCGUGGCGCACGAUCGCCAUUUGGCGGCGCGCGCGGUGGGUGUCCAUCUUUCUCGCGACGUUUUCCUUGCUGCUGUUUGUCGCAAGCAUCGCCUUGCUGUACUACUCGCACGACUCGCUGGUCAUUACCGGAUCGUGUCGCCCGACGGAUCCCGACGGAGAAAAUGGCAAGCAGAGCGGCAAGGCGCACAGCGUGAACACAGUGAUGUGGUUCUACCUGAUCAGCAUGAUCUUUGACACGACGACCAUGGUCCUCUCGUCGUACAAGCUCGUGGUCUAUGCGAAUAUGGGCCGCAGCCUCGAUGCGCCCAACUUCAGCGACCCGUUCGAGGCGCACCGCAUGCAGGUGCGGAAGCAGACCAUGGACAUUGAGCAAGGGCGCCGCAGCUCUGCCGGCGAGACGCUCAAAAAGGUGCAAGGCCGCGUCGUGCCGUUCGCCACCUUUCCAUACCGUAUCGUGCGGAAUGCAUACGAGUGGUGGUCGACGCUCACGCCGCUUCUCGCGCGCCUCUUUGCGAAUGGUCUCGUGUACUUCUUUGUCGCAACCGCCUUCAACGUCGUCAACUUUGUCCUAGAAGCGGUCCAAUCGCUGCACUCCAAAAGUUUCCUCUCUUUGUACCCUCCGCUGAUGUGCGUCUUGUGCCAGCGGAUGAUCCUCACCGAGUUUGACGCUGUCUGGGCGCCGUACGACCCCGACCUCGACAUUCCCGGCAGGCAGUUUGUCGACCGCGUCGUGGGCCGCGGCGAGAGGCAGUCGCGCAUGAGCGAGCUCGACCGCUUCCAGGACUUUGUCACGUCGCUCGAGGCCCGGCAGACCGCGAACAACUCGACGAGCUCCAAUAUACGCUCCCCGUCGUCGUGCCCACCGCCCGGCGAAAAGGCCUCGCUCGAGACAAACUCGCGCUUUCCCGGCGCAGAGUCGUACACACCAGGGCAGCCGCCAACUGCCAACAAGCCCCUGUCCAUGCACCGCCCCAGCGUGGCGACGUCCGAGCUCUCGCCGUGCGAGUCGCCGCGCGCGUCGACCAACCACACGGCCGCAGCCGCGGCUGCAGCGGCCGCGGCCGAUUCGCCGGAACGCAGCGGCCCCCUUCCCCAGCUUUCGGUUCAGCAACAACAGCAUGCCCUGCGUAUGGCCGGCAUGCGUUAA